AUGUCGCUGUCAUCCCUGCCCGAUAUUCCCUUGAGCCUUGCACUCCCUGCUGCGGCAACCACACUUGCAUAUCUCAAUGCAAAAUGGUCGCUCUCCUACGAUUUGAGCCUUCUCAAGGGGCUGGUGACUAUGAAGGUGAGGUCCCGCGUCGCGGAACGUGGCGACCGCUUGAACCUCUUCUACACACUUGAAGCCUAUGCACUUAAUCCUAAAACUGCAGACAGCGAUUUUAUUGUGUACAAUGGACGAACAACAUCGUUCUACGAAGGUUACAUCAUAAUUCUUCGCUAUGGGGCAUGGUUUAAGAAUGUACACGGCAUCAAGCCCAAGGAGAUUGUCGCGAUUGACUUCAUGAAUUCUUCCACUUUCAUCUUCAUGAUGCUGGGAUUGUGGAGUAUUGGAGCGAUCCCCGCGUUUAUUAACUACAACUUGUCUGGGAAGCCGCUCAUUCACUCUAUUCGAACAUCCACGGCGAGGCUCUUGAUCGUUGACGAAGAAGUUCGUCACUGCUUCCCAGCGGAGCAGGAGGAGAUUUUGACAUCCCCGAGCUUCCGAGAUGGCAAGGGAUCGGUUGAGGUCGUGUUUCAUACCCCGGAGGUGGAAGCGCAGAUUAUGGGAAUGGAGCCUACGCGAGAGGAUGACAAGGUCCGCAGUGGCUUGAUCCCUCGCGAUAUGGCCAUUUUGAUUUACACAAGUGGCACUACCGGGCUUCCCAAACCUGCUAUUGUCAGUUGGAAUAAGUGCUGGUCUGGCAGCUUGUUCGUUAAAGAUUGGUUGAGCAUUAAUUCCUCUGACAGAUUCUUCACGUGUAUGCCUCUCUACCAUAGUUCCGCUUCGGUGCUUGGGUUUAUCACCUGCUUGAUGGGAGGAUCGACUCUGAUUAUUGGCCGCCGAUUCUCUGCGCGCAACUUCAUCAAAGAGGCCCGCGAGAACAAUGCGACAAUUAUCCAAUAUGUGGGCGAGACGCUACGUUAUCUGUUGGGCGUAGCACCUGCAACUGACCCGGUCACUGGCGAGGACCUUGACAAGAAGCACAAUAUUCGCAUGGCAUUUGGAAAUGGACUGCGUCCCGAUAUCUGGAACCGCUUCAAAGAGCGUUUUAAUAUCCCCACAAUCGCCGAGUUCUACGCCGCUACUGAAGGCACAUCUGGUUCAUGGAAUGUUUCGUCAAACGACUUCUCCGCGGGCGCUAUCGGCCGAAACGGUGCUUUGGGAAAUAUCAUCCUUGGUCGUGGCUCUGCCAUUGUGGAUGUUGAUCAUGAGACCGAGGAACCGUGGCGUGACCCCAGGACUGGUCUCUGCAAGAAUGUCCCUCGGGGUGAUCCCGGCGAGUUACUAUACGUCAUCGAUGCAGCAGAUCCCACUGCCAAUUUCCAAGGCUACUUCGGAAACAAGAAGGCGACCGACGGCAAGAUUAUCCGCGAUGUAAAGAAGAAGGGCGAUGCCUAUUUCCGGACCGGUGACAUGGUUCGAUGGGACAAAGACGGCCGUUGGUACUUCUCAGAUCGACUGGGUGAUACCUUCCGAUGGAAGAGCGAGAACGUAUCCACCAGCGAGGUUUCCGAGGUCCUAGGCGCACAUCCCGAAGUACACGAAGCUAACGUUUACGGCGUGGCUCUCCCCAAUCAUGAUGGCCGUGCGGGAUGCGCAGCUAUCCUUUUCAACCAGCAAAUAGCAGACGGUAACCUCUCUGAUUCCGCACUGGAGCCCUCACGCGAGGUCCUUGAUAGUCUCGCUGCACACAUUCUCAAGAAUCUGCCUCGGUUCGCGGCUCCGCUGUUCUUGCGAGUUACGCCUGUGACGCAGUCGACCGGUAACAACAAGCAGCAGAAACAUGUUCUUCGUGCUGAAGGCGUGGAUCCAGCUCGUGUGUCGAAGAAGGAUAGACUCUACUGGCUCCAGGGUAAUACCUAUGUGCCCUUUGGGCAGAGGGAUUGGGACCUGUUGACUGGUGGCCAGGUUCGACUUUGA